GCGGUGCAUGAUGUGGUUGCAAUGAAGGGACGGGAGCCCGCCAUCGUGCAUUCUCACUGGUGAAGGUGGUGUAUAAUAUCCUGUGUCUUUCCUCCUCCUCGUCUAUACCAACAAGUGUUGAUAUUCAUCCGCCUGUUUCUUUCCAUUAUUGUCCCGGGCAGGCACUAUAAUGGCCACCAUGACAGACCCUGGUAGCACCGAGGUUCGACCUCCCCCGGUAUUCCCAACGGUCAACAAUUACGAGCAGGACGAAAAGAAAGUUGCAAUCCCCCAAGUGUCUCCCUCCGAGUACAGCGAACAGACUCAAAGACCAUGGGUUGCCGGGUUGCGAACCUGGUUCGGACUGCGGCCAAAUCGUCAUUCUCCCCCACCGGUAUACCAACCGCGACCACCACCGUCUUCAGAGUCAGCGUCGAUAGGCUCCAAGAUCUGGAAGUUUUUCAAGUUUCUAGGCCCAGGUGCUGUCAUCAGCGUUGCAUAUGUUGAUCCGGAUAACUAUCAAACAGCCAUCUCGGCUGGCGCCGAAUUCCAGUAUAAGCUGCUCUUCAUGGUGUUGGUCUCGAACCUAAUAGCCAUCUAUAUCCAAUCACUAUGCGUCAAGUUAGGAACUGUCACCGGCAUGGACUUGGCCCAAAUGAACCGCCGAUGGCUUCCCCGGUGGCUAGACCUCUCCAUCUACGUCGUUGCCGAAGCAAGCAUCAUAGCCACCGAUCUCGGUCAAGUCAUCGGCACUGCCAUCGCCCUAAACAUCCUCAUCCCCAAGCUCCCGCUCCCCGCUGCCUGCGUCAUCUCCGUGGUCGAGACCCUGCUCGUCCUCCUAUUUUAUACCGACACGGGUGAGCUCCGCCGGGUACGCAUCUUCGAAGCUUUCGUCUCCGUCCUCGUUGUCGUCGUCUUCGUCACCAUCUGCAUCGCCCUCUCCAUGGUAGACCACAGCACCAGCACCACCCGCGAAAUCCUACGGGGAUACGUCCCCUCACGCGAGAUCUUUGUUGACACGGGUUUAUACGCCUCGUGCGCCAUCUUGGGCGGCACGCUAAUGCCGCAUGCCCUUUACGUCGGCACCUCGCUCUCUCGCGCAAGGUUGUAUGAUUACGAUAGCAAGCAUGACCUCCCCUCCCCCUCUCCCUCUUUCUCUCCCCGGCAACAGUCCCCCAAUUCUAGCUCGGAGACUAUCGGGUACCGCCCCUCCCUCCGCGCCAUCAAAUCUUGUCUAGGCUACUCCAUCGCCGAACUAACAUUCACCCUCUUCACCGUCGCCAUCUUUGUCAAUUCCGCUUUACUAGUAAUAGCCGGCUCGGCCUUCUACUCCGAAAAUCCUUCCGAAGAAGGAGAAGAAAUCUCCGAAGACCUCUACGCCCUCUACUCCCUUUUCAGAGACUCCAUCGCCCCCGCAGCAGGCAUCAUGUUCGCCGUCUCCCUUUUAUUCUCGGGAAUCAGCGCGGGCAUCGUCUCCACCAUGUCCGGACAAAUCAUCAUGGAAGGGGCGUUGGAUAUCCGACUGAACCCCUUCUUGCGGAGACUGAUUACCCGGUGCGUGGCGAUUAUUCCGGCGCUGGUAAUUGCGUUGGCGGUGGGAAAAGAUGGGUUGAGUAAAGCGUUGGUGGCGUGUAAUUAUCUGUUGGCGAUUGCACUGAUUCCCAUUACGUUUCCGAUUGUGUGGUAUACGUGCCGAGCCAAGUAUAUGCAGGUGCCGGCGGAUGAUGAUGACACGGGGACGGUGGAUAUGAAGAAUAAUGUGGUGACGGCGGGGGUGGCGUGGUUGUUGUGGCUGUUGGUAGUGGUGAUGGAUGUGGCGACGGUAGUGUUGGUUGGGUUGGGGAUUACGAAGGAUGAGGGCUAAUCUUGGGCGAAAGAAAGAUCGUGCGGGAAAUAUGUAAUGUUUGUAGGUGAUGUAUAUACUUGUGGAGAUAUGUGGUUCUGGGUCAACUUGGUUGUUACCAUGGGACGCUUGACUGUACGUAAUCUCCAACCCUCUUCAUUCAAUCUCGACAAUUCGAAAGACAUAUCUAGAGGUGCUUAAAGACAUCCUCCGUGAAGUUCAACCUAGCAGACAAUGGCCUCCAUUGUAAUUGCACAUGUAUACAGAAUAAAC